GAGGGGGCGGGGACCGGGGGAGCCGGGCGGGUCGCGACCGCGGGGCCAGCGGUGGCGCCGCCCCCACAGACACCAACGACACCGUCGCCUCCGUGUCCGGCAUGGACUCGGUGUUGGAAGGGGACGUCACUCUCCCCGGGACGCUCAGCGGUUGCAGUGGCCUUCUUUCCACUUUGCCAGAUAACCUGGAGGCCAGCUUGGGAAAUGGCGUGCUCCCGAACAUACCUGAGGAGAAAGUGUCUCCCACCAGAGCGCGGAACAUGAAGGACUUUGAAAACCAAAUCACUGACCUGAAGAAAGAAAACUUCAACCUGAAGCUCCGCAUCUACUUCCUGGAAGAGAGAAUGCAGCAGGAAUUUGAUGGCCCCACUGAACACAUCUACAAAACUAACAUCGAGCUCAAGGUGGAAGUGGAAAGUUUGAAGCGGGAGCUCCAGGAGAGAGAGCGGCUGCUCAUCAAAGCCUCCAAAGCAGUUGAGAGCUUAGCCGAAGGCAGUGGCUCUGAGAUCCAGCGGCUGAAGGAAGACGCUCGGAAGAAGGUGGAGCAGGUGGAAGAUCUCCUCACCGAGAAGGAUGUGAAAGCCGCCCAAGCAGAACUGGAAAAGACUUUAGCAGCGAAGGAAACAGAGAAGGCUCUGCGGCUGAGCCUGGAAAGCAAGCUCUCCGAGAUGACGAAGACGCACCAGGGCGACGUGGCGCUGCCGCUGCUCCUGCAGGAGAGAGACAGACUGAUUGAGGAGUUGAAGCUGUCUUUGAAGAGCAAAGAAGCGUUAAUUCAGCGCCUGAAAGAGGAGAAGUCUCUGAUGGCAUCUCCUGAUGGGAGCGUGGCCCCCGGGGUGUGCCGAGAGGAAGAGGAGGCGAGAGUAGCCGAGGCUACAGGAAAGGAGUGUUGGAAGGAGAAGAAUUCUGAGGAGAGGAUCCAGGCACUUCGGGAGGACCUGAGAGAGAAAGAGAGAGAAAUUGCUACGGAGAAGAAUAACAGUUUAAAGAGGGACAAAGCCAUCCAGGGCCUAACCAUGGCAUUAAAGUCAAAGGAAAAAGAGGUUGCAAAACUUCACUCUGAAAUCAAAGAACUCAGUGCUGCCUUGGCCAAAGCCAGAGAAGCCCCACAGACAGCACAGGCCCAGAAAUUGCAGCAGUGUCAGGACUACGAGACCGCCCUGGCCCAGAAGGAGGCGCUGUUGGCCGAGCUGCACUCCGAGAACCAGAGGCUGCGCGGGGACCUGAACAAGGUGACGCAGGAGCUGAGCGACCUGCAGCGGGAGCGCGGGAGGCUGGCGCAGGCCCUGGAGGAAGCCCGUGGCCAGAAGAGCGAGGGAGACCGCACCAUCCACGACCUGAGAAAGGAAGUUGAAAAAUUGCGCACUGAAGUGAAUGAAAGAGAGAAAGCCAUGGAGCAGCGCUGCGAGGGCCUCCCGCGUGAGGGCGGCAGGCUGCGUCAGAGUCGACAGCAGGAGAUCCGGAGCCUCGCGGAGAGUGCCAGCGAGAAGGACCUGUUGCUCCAGAAACUCAGUGCGAAGGAUCUGGAAGCAGUGCAGCAGAACCACAGCCUCGUGUGCACGGUGGAUCUCUGGGACAGCGACGUGGUGGCCGAGAAGAGCUCUUGUGUGCAGGCACCAGGCAGCAGCUGUGUCUUCUCUCAGGAAAAGCAGCAGUCGGACUAUGAAGAGCUGAUUCAGGUCUUGAAGAAAGAGCAGGACAUCUACGCCAAUCUGGUGAAGUCGUUGCAGGACUCGAACAGUGUCAGCAACCUGCAGGCUGAGUUAAACAACAUCUUUGCCCUGCGGAAGCAGCUGGAGCAGGAUGUGCUUUUGUACCAGAACUUGCAGAAGACCCUGGAGGAGAUGAUGAGUGGAAUGCAGAGGCGGGAAGAAGAAUCACUUUCACUUUAUAGUGAUCAAACAUCUUACCUCAGUAUUUGCCUUGAAGAUCACAGCCGGUUGCAAGUGGAGCAUUUUUCCCAAGAAGAACUUAAGAAAAAGGUCGGCGACCUGAUACAGCUGGUGAAGGAGCUGUACGCCGACAACCAGCACCUGAAGAAAGCCCUUUUGGAUCUCUCCUGCUUGAGUCUCCAGGGAAAUGACAGGCUCGAGGCAACAGAACCAAGAGAGCUUCUGGCUAGCCAAGAGGACGAGGAUGCGCUCAGAACUGAAGAGGAUGACAGAGCUCAUUUGCUGAGUGACCAGCGUUUGCAGCCGAGUGACGAGGUUCUGGAGGACUAUCCCAAAGGAGGCGGCAAAAAUGGAUAUUUAAGGGCCCCCAGUUCCAGUACUGUAGACUACGAUGGACCCCACAAAUCUUUCUGCCCCGGAGAGCAGAGCCUAGGAGAAGGAGAGCUCAUGAGGCUUCUUGCUCCUUUCUUCAAUGAGAAGGCCGUGUUGUUACUGGAAUCCAGGCCAGACCUUGUGAAAGUGCUAUGUGAGCUGUUUCUGGAGAGAAUUCAGCGGACAGAGCAGGAAGUUUCUGGAGAGCACUUCGAUGAAAAGACUGAAAAGAGAGAACUGGUGGCUCUCUCACAAACAGGUGGACUCGACCAUCUUCUCCAGGCCAGUUCGCUCUUCGUGAUGCAAGAUGAGCUGAAGUCGUGCCAUGGGACACAGCUGGUGAAGGCUGGCGAGGCGUCUAGGGUCGAACUGAGAGAUGCCUCAGUGCAGACCCUGUCCAUGGAAGGCAGCCAGCCCGGCUUAGGACAAGAAGGAGAGAGAGAGACUUGCGAAGAGAAACCCACAGAUGCCUUAGUCCCCAAGGAGCCUCAGCUGGAGGCCGUGGGUGGGAUCCCAGGGCAGCAGACCCCUUCCCUCUCCUUCCCCAGUGCCUCUAACAAAGAUGCCAAGAAGUCCCGCCUGCCCAUCCUCAUAAAACCGUGCCAGUCAUUAGGAAGCAUGGGGCACCCCCCUCCCCCUCAGGACUUGGUGGCUCAGUUGCAGGACCAGAUCCUGCAGCUGCAGGGGGAGCUGAAGGAGCUUCAGACUCAAAAUAUGCAUCUGCACCGAAAGUUAAUUCUGGCUGAAGCAACGACAGAGAGUAGGCCAGCGCCCGACGAAACACUCCUUAAUGCUCAGCCCUUUGCGGCAGCAGCCUGCGGGGACAGCCCAGGAGAGCCAAGUGGGGUUCAAGCUGCACCCUCUAACCAGCAUCACAAGGACAUGGUGGAUGCUGGUCAGCAGACAAGCCACAGCACCGACUCUGAAAUUUGCCCACCUGAUGACCUUGCCAUCUUGACAAUGUGCCAAGAGAACCCGGAAGAUUUCCUGGGCGCCACAUCAGGGUCCCCUUCCUUGAGUUCCAAGAGCCUGCUUUCUGUGAAAGUCAGGCUGGCUGGGACUGAUCAGUGUGAGAACACCAAUGCCUCCAAUGACACAGAAUAUUUAAAACAAAAAAUCCAAGACUUGGAAACUGAGCUGGAAGGCUACCGGAAUUUCAUGUUUCAGCUUCAAAGGCACUCCCCGUGCAGCGAGGCCACUCUCACCAUUUUGUGUGGGACAGAAGGGGCCCAGGACGGCUUGAACAAGUCCAAGGGCAGUACUGAUGAGGAAGAAAUGACCUUUUCAAGUUUGCACCAAGUGCGCUACGUGAAGCACAUGAAAAUCCUGCAUCCGCUGGCCCCAGAGGUGAUGGAUGACAGCAGGCUGGACAGCCUCAAGCAGCAGCUGGUGGAACAGGAGUAUGAGCUGCAGAAGGAGCAGAAUCUGAACGUGGAACUUUGCAGUGAAAUCCACAGUCUGCAGAACAAGUUCAAAGAUCUCUCCCCAUCAAGAUACGAUUCAUUAGUUCAAUCCCAAGCCAGGGAGCUCUCCCUUCAGCGGCAGCAGAUUAAGGACAGCCAUGGCAUCUGUGUCAUUUACCGUCAACACAUGAACACCAUGGUUAAGGCGUUCGAGGAGCUGCUGCAGGCCAGUGACGUGGACCGCUGCGUGGCCGAGGGCUUCCGGGAACAGCUGAAUCAGUGCUCCGAGCUGCUGCAGGAAUUGGAGAAGCUUUUCCUCAACGGGACAUCCGCUGCAGUGGAAACGAGCCUGCAGAAGGACCUGGCGGAGGGGGUGGAGGAAGGCAGCUCAACCUACCAGCGUAUUCUGCCGGAGUCUCCCGAGCCCUCAGCCUCUCACGGGGUGUCCGACUAUGAAGUGUCCGAGAAGUCCUCCCUCUCAGGAGAUCCGAGGCAAGACAGUGAGACGGAGAAGACCUCUGGUACGACCAACAAUUUUUCUCAAGACUUACUAAUGGAACAUAUACAGGAAAUUCGAACUUUGAGAAAACGUUUGGAAGAAUCUAUUAAAACAAAUGAGAAGCUACGGAAACAGCUGGAACGGCAAGGGUCUGAAUUUGAUCAAGGGUCUACAAAUGUGUUUACCUGUGGUUCAGAGCUACACAGUUCUCUCAUGUCAGAGAUUAAUUUCCUGAGAAAACAGAACCAGGUGCUCAAUACGAUGCUCGUGAGGGGCUCCAGAGAUAAACAGAAGGAGAAUGAGAAGCUGCGGGAGUCCCUCUCCAGGAAGACCGCGACCCUGGAGCACCUCGGGCAGGAGUACGCCGCCAUGAAGGGAGACAACGAAAGGCUGCAGCGGGAGCUCAGCGAGAAGGAGACGCACACCCGGCAGCUGAUCCGGGAGAUUUGCAGUGGCCGCAGCGAGCUGAGCAGGAUGCAGGAGGAGGUGAAGUGGAGGCAACAGAUGUUGUCACAGAACGACAAGCUGCUCCAGUCCCUCCGCGUGGAGCUGAAGGUGUACGAGCAGCUGGAGGAGGAGCGCAGGAAGCAGCCAGAGGCCCGAGCAGCGGAAGCGGGGGAAGGCUGGCCGGGGCAGGGUGCUUGCAGUGACCUUCGUGGCCUCCUGCUGGAGAUCCAGGCUCUGCGGCAGCAGCUGGAACGGAGCAUCGACACCAACCACAGCCUGCAGAGCAAGCUCGAGGAGCAGCUGGCGCAGGGGUCGCACAUGGCCCAGGCGGGAGCCCUCACCCUGGCCGUCCAAACUGUGUCCAUGCCCGAGCAGCCCGUUCAGCCAGACAGACCUGGCAGUGACAAAUGUCCCAUGUUGAGUGGUAACUCAUUUGAACUGCUUGACUCUAUCCGAGACGUGACACCCAAGUCAGCUUCAGAGACUCCUCCACCGUCUCCAAGUGACAUGGAUUCCCUCUCCUGCGACAAUGGCAGCUCGGCAGCCAGCAACCCCGGCGUGCCCUCCCCAGCUGUUGGCCACUGUCUGUGGGCCAGCAAAAGCGGUUGUCACGUCUUGGGCCUGAUUGAGGACUACGAAGCCCUGUGCAAGCAGAUUGACCAGAGCCAGAGGCUGCUUGCUGAAAUUGAUGUGAAAACCCAAGAGGCUCCAGACCCCACAGGCCAUGGGCUGGGCACAAAGGCUUCACACUUGGCGUCUCUCAGCAAGUUCCUCACCAGCGUGGACACAGCCAAGCUGCUCCUCGAAGAGGCCUCGAGGCUCCUGAGGCACCUCUGGAGAGUGUCCCUCCCCACGGGUGGCCAAUGCACCCUCCACUGUGAGCAGGUUACAGAAAUGAAGGCCGAGAUCACCAAGCUACACAAGAAGUUGUUUGAACAAGAGAAAAAGUUGCAAAGCACUGUGAGGCUUUUGCAGCAGAGCAAGCACCAGGAGAAAGUCAUCUUCGAUCAGUUGGUUGUGACCCACAAAGUCCUGCGGAAGGCCAGAGGAAACCUGGAGCUUAGGCCAGGGAGUGCCCACCCAGGAACAUCGAGUCCCAGCCGACCAGGCUCCUGAGGAACAUGUUCAGCUGCCAAUAAAGCUGUGAUUUCCAGUGA